UGAGCCACGACUCGCUACGCUUUGCCAGUCGAGCAUACGCGGCCACCUUUGCUCGUAUACACUCGCUGUACGAAAGGCUGCUCGGUCUGUCGGUGGUGUUAUUUCUCGGGAUCCUGUGUAGGAACGUCACUCGAUCCGUAGUGCUCGGAAGAAAGUCGCAUCAACGCAGCCAAGAUGGGAUUCAAGUUUCUCGAGGUGAUAAAGCCGUUCUGCAGUAUACUGCCGGAAAUAGCGAAGCCGCAACGAAAGAUUCAGUUCAGGGAGAAAAUGCUAUGGACGGCAAUCACAUUAUUUAUUUUCUUAGUAUGCUGCCAGAUUCCAUUGUUCGGUAUCAUGUCUUCAGACAGCGCAGAUCCUUUCUACUGGAUCCGUGUAAUACUUGCGUCAAACAGAGGAACGUUGAUGGAAUUGGGUAUCUCUCCAAUUGUUACUUCUGGUCUCAUCAUGCAGCUGCUGGACCGUGCAAAGAUUAUCGAAGUUGGUGAUACCCCAAAAGAUAGAGCACUGUUCAAUGGAGCUCAGAAAUUAUUUGGCAUGGUUAUCACUGUUGGACAAGCUAUUGUUUAUGUAAUGACUGGAAUGUAUGGAGAUCCUACAGAAAUUGGAGCUGGUGUCUGUCUUUUGAUUAUCAUCCAAUUGUUUGUCGCUGGACUUAUUGUAUUGCUAUUGGAUGAGUUGCUCCAGAAAGGAUAUGGAUUGGGAAGUGGAAUAUCGCUCUUCAUAGCCACCAAUAUCUGUGAGACCAUAGUUUGGAAGGCAUUUUCACCAGCUACAGUUAAUACUGGUCGUGGUACAGAAUUCGAAGGAGCCAUAAUUGCUCUGUUCCACUUGCUGGCCACUAGGCAGGACAAAGUCCGAGCUCUCCGCGAGGCAUUUUACAGGCAAAAUCUUCCGAAUCUGAUGAAUCUUCUCGCCACUAUUCUGGUGUUUGCUAUCGUUAUAUACUUCCAGGGCUUCCGUGUGGAUCUUCCGAUCAAGUCUGCUAGAUACCGCGGCCAGUAUAGCAGCUAUCCAAUCAAGUUGUUUUAUACCAGCAAUAUCCCGAUCAUCUUCCAGUCGGCUCUCGUAUCUAAUCUAUACGUUAUCUCUCAGAUGUUGGCCCUCAAAUUUCAAGGCAAUCUUAUAGUGAAUCUAUUGGGCGUUUGGUCAGAUGUCGGCGGCGGUGGCCCAGCCAGAUCGUAUCCGGUUGGCGGAUUAUGUUAUUACUUAUCACCACCGGAAUCAGUCGGUCAUAUCGUUCAGGAUCCCGUACACGCUGUGCUAUACAUUCUCUUCAUGCUUAGCUCGUGCGCCUUCUUCUCGAAGACGUGGAUCGAAGUUUCCGGAAGCUCGGCAAAGGAUGUCGCCAAACAACUGAGGGAACAGCAGAUGGUAAUGCGAGGCCACAGGGACAACUCCAUGAUCCGCGAGCUGAAUCGUUACAUCCCGACUGCCGCGGCAUUCGGCGGAUUAUGCAUCGGCGCGCUCUCUGUGCUAGCAGAUUUCCUGGGCGCGAUCGGCUCUGGUACCGGUAUCUUGCUCGCUGUCACAAUCAUAUACCAGUACUUCGAGAUCUUCGUUAAGGAGCAAAGUGAAAUGGGUGGCAUGAGCACGUUACUCUUCUAAACUUAAUUCACGUAUAGACUUGAAAAGUGAACUUUUUUAAUUCUAAAAAGAACUGAAUAAUAAUUUAUUGUAAAGUAAGUCAAGUUGACAGCAUGCGUGCGUGCGUAUGUAUGUCAGGCAUACAUGGAAUAAUAAACACACGCACCAGUGCCAGCUGAAGGGUCCCGCGUGAUACAUAUAAAGUCACAACAUGUACACACACACACACACAUACACAUACAUACUUAUACAUUUACACAUUAUUCACUAACUACUACCAUUGAUACCGCUGUCGAUGAUAUUCUGCUCAAGAAAAAUUACACACAGUGAUACUUUCCAGAAGGAUACAAAAGGUUCUUACGUGCGCUUUUCUUACGCGGAAACUUCCGAUAUGUUGACCGUUGACGCGACAUACUUUAAACUUACCUGUCCAUAAAAAUACUUGUUUUACGUUGCACUUACAAGUAAAAUUUUUGUUUAUACGUUAAAGAAGAGAGCGUACUGUUUAUUUUUACAUUAAGCGUUAAGAAUCCUACGUUACGUCGAACAAUACACGUUGAAGGUAUAUCGAUCUUUAAGGGGAUAAAUACAUUGACAAAGUGUAGAGAGGAGUGUGAGAGAGAAAGAGAAAGAGAGAGAGAGAGAGAGUAAAAAAUUUGGACGUAACAUUGAAAUGCUCGUGAAUGGCAAGUACGGAAGAUAUCUCUGCAGAAUAUUCCGUACCUGCACGCAAGAUGUAAUAUCUCUCGUACAACGAGCAGUGUACAUAUAGUAAGAAAGUAACUAAAUAUUUUCAUCAUUUUUUUACUAGUAUUUCUGGCUCUGUAUGAAACACAGAGCCACGUGAAGACUCAACGACGCGCGAACAAGAUCGCGAUGUUUGUAUGAAUUAAAUCGUUGCGUACGAUGGCAUAGUCAUUUGUCAGGACGAGACACCCACCUAGGGUAAUUCGUGCAGCAAUUCGAACAGCGUUCGUUCAUCUUAGGCACCGUCAUUCCUGUAUUGAUAUAAUGAUAACAAAGUAAAUUAAUAUGUUUCUUAUAUAUGUAUUUAGGAGAGAAUGUGCUUUUAUAAAAAUUAAAAUAUA